GAGAUCGUCCCGGGGCAGGAAAGAGGGAUGCGCUACCGAUGCUAGGGAUGUUAGGCUACGGUACCGUGCUUGAGCAGACCAUAAUACCGGUACUAGAACUCGUACAUUGCUCUAGUAUCGGCAUUGCACUCAAUGCGGCGAAAUAACCAAGGCGGAAUUACCAUACCACGAACCACGGCGAGGCUCACAACCUGCAACGUCCCCCCGCCGGGAUCCAUAGCCUGCUCGGUUUAAAAAGUGGUAUCGGGGCUACCAUGGAGGGGUGGUUAUCGCGGGUAUCGCUCUGCCGGUAAUGGGCUCCUUUAUAUGACCUUUGGGUCCGGAAAACACGCGUGACAUGGCUCAAGUACCGGUAUGCGAUAUGCCAUCCGCGGGAAUCCCAUUUCCUCGGGGUGCAAUAAUACAUGCAUGUAGUGUAAUCGGUAAUAAACUUGCCGACGCCCGUUCGCGGUUCCAAAGCAAGGGCGUUGUUUUACUGCGUUUUCCGAGUCCGGAGCCACCUACCUGCCUUAUGGUCUGCCGUUCUGAAGGCCUCAUGAUACUGUGCAAGCACAGUAAUGCACUGUAUCGUACGUGCAGCACCGGUCCCGGUGCUGUCGAGUCAAUUGACCUGGUAUUUUGCCGGAGGGGGAAGCGUCACUGCGAAGGUUGGGCCUGAAUGGCACAUCCAGAAAGAUUUGGUGCUCCAUAGCUCUCCCCUCGGUGGACCGGACGACCCCCGCAGCGAGGCUUGCAGCCGUUUGUCAAGCAGAAUAUCGUACGAAUACUGUGAAUGCCUCCUAUUAACCACGGUAAAGCAAUUCGAAGGCCCUAGCUCCUUGGGGGCGUCUACCUAUAUGGCGGGGUUAUGCCUAGUCUUACGCCAUAGAAAGCUGGGCUCAUGUCACCGUAUAAAUCAUCGCUCCCGCACGAGGACUCCCCUUUGUUAUUCUUUCCUACAAACACCACCAACUCUUAAACCACUUUUUUUCUCACACCUCACCAUCAAUCAUACACAAUGGCCCCGUUGGUUGUCGACGCCCCGACUCCUCAAACGGCCAACGAUGGCCCUGGCGGGGAGGGAACUUGUCUGAAAAAAGCACCCAGAUUUACCCCGGGAUAUACUGUGGUGGAAGGAGAGACUACUGACUACAAAUACGAACACCUUAAGCCGUCCUUCCCCAACGUUUCCUGGCCACCACUCGAAGAGGUUCCCUACUCGGAUAAAGGACUUCUCGGGGAUCCCGAAUACAAGCAUCUCCUAGCCGAGGCUGCCGAUGUCUUCGACUACACCCCCAAGAUUGGAACUGAGAUUCAUGGAGUCAACCUGAAGACCCUUACGGAUGCUCAGAAGAAUGACCUUGCACGAUUGGUUGCCUACCGAGGGGUUGUAUUUUUCCGGGAUCAAAAGGAUUUCGAGGUCGAGGACCAGCUGGAGCUCGGACGAUACUGGGGGCCGCUGCAUAAGCAUGCGACAACCAGUAUCCCGCGGAAAGUAGAGUUAGAUGAGGUCCACGUGAUCUACCACGACGGGAAUAGUUUGGAUCAAAGGGCCUUGUUCGCGCCCGCCUAUCUUUGGCAUGCAGACGUAGGCUCCCGGCUCAACCUAAUCCAUUUUCUCUAAAAAUUCUCACAGGUAACCUACGAGAUCCAACCACCCUCCUAUACUCUUCUCAAAAUUCUACACGGCCCUCCACGCGGCGGUGGCGGCGACACCCUGUGGUCAUCUCAAUACGCCGCUUAUGAUGUUCUCUCCGCCCCAAUGCAAAAGUAUCUUGAAGGCCUCACGGCCCUCCACUCUGCUGAAGAGCAAGCGGUUGGCUCACGCGCGGCUGGAAGACCAGUUAGGCGAGAACCGGUGAUCACAGAGCACCCUUUGGUCCGCACGCACCCGGUCACAGGCUGGAAGAGCCUAUUCGUGAACCCCGGGUUCGUGAAGCAGAUUGUCGGCGUGCCAAAGAUGGAGAGCGAUGCUAUCCUGAAGUACCUCAAUGACGUUGUCGUCGCGACACAGGAGCUUCACGUUAGAUUCCGCUGGGAGGAGCAUACUGUUGUCAUCUGGGAUAACCGCAUUUGCGUAAGUCUCCCCUUAUAUCCGGGCUAGAAUUGAGGGUUUGAACUGAUGGAUUGAAAUAAUAGAACCACACCGCUACCUAUGGCUUCUCACCCCACAUGCGUCACGCCAUCCGUGUUACACCGCAUGGUGAACGCCCCGCGCUGGACCCCAAUAGUAGGUCCCAAGAGGAGGUCCUCAAUGAAAAGACAGGUAGGGCGCCCGUUGAUAAGAACGGUGCCAGACAGUCAAACUACAACGAUUAGGGAAUCACGGGAGCACAUGGGAUCCAACCAGCAUAACCUGAUUGUUGAGUACUGUACAUAUCGUGAUUUCGUUUCUUGCGCUAUUUUCAUUUUUUGGUUCAUUUCAGUGGGCGCAGGUGCAUAAAAAGCAGAA